GCGCAGGAUUUGCAUUUGCUGCAGUCGCAUUUUAGCUCUUGAUCAAAUACAUUCAAUACAGUCAACCACUAUGAAGCUCUUCAAAAAGUUAUCCUUCUUCGCCAUUGUUUGUCUCCUGUGCUUUAAUGUUGUAAUGGGGAUGAGCGAAUACAACUGCGAGAAGACUCUUGAUUGCAACGGGCCAAACAGUCUCUGCAUCAAGAAUCGGUGCAUCUGCAUGAAGAGUCACAAAUGGGAUGAAGAAAACUAUGAAUGCGGCACUGAGUCAACCUACGAACCUCCCCCUCAGAAAACACCGGAACCAGACGAUCGAUCUGUUUUUCUUCAUAGGCUUCAUAACAAUCUCCUCUGGGCAUAGAUUGGAUAACUUCAACAUACUCUUCGUAAACUUUGAUUUAUAAGUAUAUAAAGUAUA